CCGGUCCGCUGUGUGCGUUUCCUACGACUAGCUGUGUGCUGCUGCUGAUGACAGCGAAAUUCUUUUCCUUCACUCGCUCUCGAUUUUGCACAUAAAAUGGCCAUCGUUGAAUAUUAGCUCGGAUCGCUAGUUUACGCAGGAUGUAAAUGGUUAAAUUGUACAGAAAACAUAAGUACAGUGCAUUGCGAAUUCGAAAGUAAUAAAUUUGGUUCGGUUCACGCAAGUGUUUGGUAAGAAAAUUGAAUUUGAAUUUAGUGGGAAGCGGCUGCCAUCAGAAGAAAAUCUUUAUUUUUUUUGUAGCAGAUCGAAAUUUCGUGUAUGCAGGAACGGAAAGAAAAUUGAACACGGUUGUCAGUUUGUUUUUUCCUCGUAACCAGAAAACCGGGAGCGGUUCCGGUGAAUUGUUUUGAAAACCAAAAGUUUCGGAUAUUGCGUACAAAGUUUGCUUGAAAUGUUCGUGGACUGAAAAGGUUGAAAUAGUUUUGGCCUGUCAAAUUGCGUUAUGUGUCAUGGACACAAAAUUUGCUACGUCGAAAAUGAUUAAUGAAUUUUCUGAAAUUUUAAGGUAAAAAUUUCGAAUAUUCGCUCACAAAGCAUACUAUCUGUAUAGAAAGGAAAAUAACAGUGAUUGUGUUUGUUUUGGGUGUUUUACCAAUGUGUUAGUUCCGAAAUUUUGCUAAUGCCAUCAUCGAAUUUGAACAGUGAUUUAUGGUAGAAAAGAAUCGAAACCACCAUUUCGAAGUGAAGAGAAGAUAAAUCAUGCAGUGCUUGGUUAGCCACUGCAAAUCAGAGUGUGUGUGAUUGUGCAAAAAUUGCGCAAGUGUUUCCUUUGCCCUGUUAAGAUACGCAACUAAAGACGCCUCGCAUAAGAAAAGGCAAAAAAAAAAACGAAUUUAACACCACGGAUGACGUAUUUUUGUUGGUUGGCAACUAAGUCAUCAUGGCAGAAGUAGAGAAAGCGUCGUCGCAACAUAUCAGAUUAGCGCCGGUACAUUUUAGUAGGCCGAUACAGACAACAACGGCUACUAGAUGUUCUAGAAAUAGUUGGCAGGCUCGAUAUCUGGUUGUUGUUUUACUGGUACUGACCACGGCAGUGAGAAUAAGCGGAGCAUCCCGAAUUCUUCGGCACACCAACAGCAAACGCAGCAGCAGUGGCGGUCUCAAUGAGUACGGUACCGGCAUCGGUGAUUCGGCGGCACUCGGAUCCUUGUACAAGGACCAGCAGCAGCAGCAGCAGCAGCACAUCAACGAGAAGUAUAUUUCAAACUCGAAUGAAAACAGUGCCGCCGUCGAUGGCGAUGAAAACGUUGGCAGCUCUGGAGCAGCGCCGUCGUCAGCGUCGUCUUCGUCGUCGUCCUCACUGUCGCAUAAUUCGCCGCAAACAUUGACGCUGACGGCGGAUAAAAAUAAAACGAAAUUAUUAAAAUGUCACUGUGACAUUUGUAAGGACCUGAACUACGUGUGCGAAACAGAUGGACUGUGCUUCACUUCCCUGUCGCUGGAGCACGGUGUCUACAAGUACUCCUACAGAUGCAUUGAACGGCGCAUUCUGAACCCACCGGAUAAUCCAAUCUGGUGCCGGGAAAAGUCCGCUGGGUCCAUUGAUCCUGCCCACCAUGCGUAUCACACGAUGGGAUGCUGCGACACCAACUUCUGUAACACGCAAAUCGUCUUUCCGGAAUCGACCGCCACAUCCCUCUCGGCACCCUCUUCCUUGGUAUUGUUCGGGGCAACGAUCGAUGACAUAAAAUCCCACGAAGUGAAGGAACUGGACAGCGGCUUUAUGAUCCUGCUGGCCGUUGGUGGCGUGGUUACCUUUGCUGUUUGUGCCAGCCUGAUGUUUUAUAUGUUGCGUCGAAGAAAGCGAAACAGUGGCGCUAGGCAAAUCCUUCCCGAGGACUCCGUUUGUGGUGCGAGUUACCCUAUUUUGAACGGACAUCCGACAAUUCAGGACUUUAUCGAGAUGACUACUUCCGGAUCCGGCUCAGCUGGCUUACCACUACUGGUGCAAAGAUCGAUUGCCCGUCAGAUUCAGCUGGUUGAGGUCAUUGGCAAGGGCCGCUUUGGUGAGGUGUGGCUUGGCAAAUGGCGCGGUGAAAACGUUGCCGUCAAAAUUUUCUCCAGUCGCGAGGAGUGCUCCUGGUUCCGGGAGGCGGAAAUUUACCAGACCAUUAUGCUACGACACGAGAACAUACUUGGAUUUAUCGCUGCCGAUAAUAAAGAUAAUGGCACUUGGACUCAGCUGUGGCUUGUAACGGAUUAUCAUGAGAACGGAUCACUGUUUGACUUCCUGACGGCUCACCCGAUCGACACAAAAACUAUGGUUGAGAUGGCCUACUCGAUUGCAACCGGACUAGCACAUCUGCAUAUGGACAUUGUGGGAACUCGAGGAAAACCUGCCAUUGCACACAGGGAUCUCAAAUCUAAAAAUAUACUCGUGAAAUCCAAUUUCACCUGCUGCAUCGGGGAUCUUGGCCUAGCGGUAAGACACAAUGUGGCCACCGAUACGGUGGAUAUCCCGUCUACUCAUCGGGUGGGCACUAAACGCUACAUGGCUCCAGAAGUGCUGGAUGAGACGAUCAAUGUGAACCAGUUUGACUCCUUCAAACGUGCCGAUGUGUACGCUUUCGGGCUGGUGUUGUGGGAGAUUGCGCGGCGGUGCAACGUCGGUGGUAUCUUCGACGACUACCAGCUGCCUUUCUAUGACGUUGUGCAGCCCGAUCCGACCAUUGAGGAGAUGAGAAAGGUUGUCUGUACGGAUCGCCAGCGGCCCAGUUUACCGAACCGAUGGAUUGCGUCAGUCACGCUGCAAUCAAUUUCCAAGGUGAUGAAAGAAUGCUGGUACCAGAAUCCGGCCGCUCGGCUUACGGCGCUCAGGAUCAAGAAAACACUUGCAAACAUUCGCUAGAGGCGGGUUGCCACUGCCGUUGGCGAGCCGGUAGGAGGUCCUUCCUGGGGAUAGAAGAACUCAUCCAACCGAAGUGCAUUACCGCGGCAGUGCGAUGCAGGUGAAGUGGCAGACGGGUGAGAAGGAACAUGAAAAUGUAACAACAGAAUGUGAAAACAUGAACUCUCGAUCUAGGAAUUAACACACUUUUUAGAUGGUAAGCAAAAAUUACCAUUAAGAUGAAAUGAAACCACGAGUGUGGUGAAAAUUGUGAGAUAAUGAGGAAAAGGUAACUCUAGUUGUGUAAGUUUACAGUUUAUUGUAAGGAUAUGACGAAAAUAAUUCUUUUGUGUGCAAAAGAAGAAACAAGCUAACGGAUAAUGAGAGAAGAAAUUUAUGUUUGAAACUGUUUGAAAGUCAUAGCCACGGCAAACUUGGCGAACUGUCCGUAGAUACUAUUAUUUGUAUUUUAUUGAAUGAUUGAUUGAUGUGUUGCAUGUUUGAUUUUAUUGUCGAGCUAGUUUUGAUAUAUAGUAAUAUAUUAUUAUUUAUUGUUAGUAUCACAUUAUUUAUCAUAUGAGUUGGUUUGGUUACUAGCAAACACAUACGCAAAGAAAAACACACACUCACAAACAAGCGAGACAUUAACAGGAAACAGUGAUGGAUUAGUUUGUUAUUGUUUAUCCAUUUUUAACAUAUCUCCUCGCCUAUAUAAAAAAAAGUUGAAAUUAAGAAACAGCAACUGAAAACUCGUACCUCCGUAUACAGUUAAAACUGUACACAAACACACAAAAUCCUCAACCGGAGAAGCAGUAAACUGCUUUACAGCACAGGCGAAAAACCCGUCACUCAUAUUUUUCUGACCAGAAUUUAAGGGAUGUGAUUGGACACGAUUACUUCCACUAUGAGACUGUUAAGAGAAAAGCUACUAGAUUAUAACAUGUGUUACUUGGGAUGAGCGGGGUUUUUGUGAAUGUUUCCUCUUGAUUACAAUCCUUCUUACAAUAGUACGGUUUGCGUUUGUUUUGUUUUUGUUUUCGAGUUUUCAUACAACGUAAUGAUAUUUCCUAACGUAGAGCAUUUAGUUUUCGAAUUCAAGUACACGUUGAACAACCUUUAAGUUAAACUUCAUACACUUAGGCAUUCACAAUAUCUUCCGCCAUUCAACAACUGUACCUUCAUCUUAUUAUCGUUUGAAAUUUAUACAGAAUCCUUAACUUCAUUCAUUGCAAUCAACACAUUCUUUAUUAUUUUUCGGAAAACAAAUAAGAAAAAAAGAACAUUCUCAGGCAAGUGAAGACGAUUGGUCACUUUCCCGUCCUUCCCGUUUACGCCCAUUCCUCGACCAUGUCACAUCAUAUUAUGUUGAACUAUGAACACGAGUCGGUAAAGUAAGACAAAUUCAGGCUUCCCAAAAUUACUUAAAUGUCAAACGAAUCCUAUGAUUAACACACAGAAAUGGUAUAGUGUAACUGUUUUUGCCAGUAAUGAGAGGUUCAAAAGAAUGCUUAGAUAACGAAUGGAAUAGCGCGAGCGACACACACCUUUAUUGCAACAAAAAACUGCCGUUAAAUGUGUAAUUUUUGAGAUUCAAAGAAAAAAUACUAGAAUACAUAUGUAUAAAGAGAGAUGAAAACAAAACAUUACAGAGAUAAACACUAUUAAUCACUGCUUGCUAGCAAUCGCCGGUCACAUUGUAGAAUAGCAAACAAAAACGGAAGGAAGCAACUUGAGCUCUAGUUUGUUUUGUUUUUUCGCAGAAGCCCCCCCGUAAUCUAUCAGAAUUACGAGAUCGUGAACAUUUUUAUUAAUCGCGGUGCAUCGGUAAUGGCAAAGGAUGAAGUUAGCAGGCAGAAUCCCUCUUCAUAUCGCCAUUGAAGAGAACGCUAAUAAAUUUGUCGAAUUAUUGCUAAAACAUAAACAAGCAACAGAAAUGUUGCGAACUUCGGAUAAAAAUGAACGUUCUAAUUUUUGUAUAUUUGAAACACGAGUAAAACACUGACUGCUGGGGCUGCCAGUUUUUCUUGUUAUAAAAGUCAGAUUUUAAAUUUGUAACUGACAUAAAUUAUGCAUCUAGAAUUAGAACACUCCUGAACAUGCCCUAACUGUUUGGAAAUGUUUCACAACAAAACCCUCAGAAGUUAUGUAAAUUUUUGUUGAUUGUAGUUGAGAGCUUUUUAUAAUAGACAGGAGAACUUUGUGAAAUGCGAUGGAACCAAAUAUGAAUUCAAGAUAUGGUGGUCUACGAUUUAUCAUGUACCCCUCGAUGAUCUCGGUUCACUUUCAGUUCAAUCAUCAUUUGAAGGCAAACAACAAGCACCUGAUCGCUGAGUACGGAACUAACAUUGACAGCAAAUGGAGUAAAAAAACAUCGAUGAUUUUUUCGAAUUUGGUUUCAAUUCCUAUUUAGAAAUGAUCGACUAUUGUCAAAUUUCUUGUGAACUUGGCUGGUUUUUGCGAUUAAGACAAAUCUGCGGGUAAUUCAUCGUCUCGGUUAUUAUUUCCAGUCGUGAAAAGCUCGGAAACCAUUUAAAAUGACGUUAAGAAAAUAGUUUCGCCCUUCCUUACUAGCAAUUGACGUAGCACUCUGUUUGUUGGCAUGGAACACGUAGGGCGAAACUUACGAAAACAAGAAGAAGAAUGACAGUUUCACCCUUUAUAGUUCUUUGUAUUACUAAGAUAAAGAUUUUUGUAUGAUCAAAAAUUUCUAAAUUGUAGGAUUUUGAAUCGUUGAUUCGUCCUUCUUAAAAAACACAGAGGAUAUAUGUUUCUUUCCCGCAUAACUUGUAUUGUUUCCAUGGCAUUUUGCAACUUCUAUCAAUGGAUCCAAUGGGACAUAGUCGCCCUUAUUCUGAAUAACGUCGUAUCGUUUUUUCCCUCGUAUUUCAUUUGUAUUCCCCAUAAGGCUAGCAAAAUCAAAGGUAGCUAUGAUUCGAUCGAACCACAUUCGAUCGAAAAAUCAAUACGUCACACAGUGGUUCGAAUCAAUAAAAACGUGGACAUAAAUCAGUAGCUGCCAAACCGUUCUUUUAAUGCAUAUAGUUGCUUUUAAGAAAUUAUUUACAAAGAUAUACCACGUAAUUUGAUUCUAUCUCUAAUUGUCCAUGGCCUACUUUAACAAAAAAUAUAACCAUAACUUUUUUUUCUGAAGAGAUAGAAAUUUUUUUUCUACAAAGUUUUAGAACUAUUGAAAAUAAUUUAUUUUGUCAAAUAUACCAAAAAGUCUAGGUUUCGGAUACACAAAGCGUUUUUAUGGCAACCCCCUUAAAAUCAGUUGUUUUAUUCAUAACUUGUUUCGAGUUAUUUUUUUAUGUAUGCAUGUAUGUUUGGAAUAAUCGAAGAAAAUAAAAAAUCCCAUAUUUUUGUUGAAGGUAGUGCAUAUGUUUGUUGUUUCCUGGCAAAGUUAUACAACAUUUUACCUUCUUUUUACCUAUGAUAAAACCUUACACCGAAGCGAAAUAUGCAACUUUAUGCAGCUGAUUAUUACAUAAUUUAUAGGAAAAGAUAUGCCAAAAAUAUGGAUGGAACUUUUUUUUAGGCGUUUUCAAAAUUUGUUUUAGAUAUUGAAUUAUGACAACCCCCUUAAAACUAGUUUUCUAGUCAUAACUUGUUUCAAGUUAUUUUUUUAUACAUACUUUAUUUGGAAUAAUUGUAGAAAAUUUAAAAUCCCAUAAUUUUGUAGAAGGUAAUGCAUAGGUUUGUUCUUUUCUGGAAAAGUUAUACAUCAUUUUACCUAUUUUCACCUAAGAAACCUUGUGCCGAAGCGAAAUAUGCAACUUAUUGCAGCAAACUUUUACAAUACCUAUAGGAAAAUAUAUUCCUAAUCCAAUUUAUUUUCCAAUGAGAAUAUCCUGAGUACUAUUCGUGUGACUCAUUUUCACUAUGGUCAUGCUGAAACCAUGAAUGGUUAAGAAACGGAGGGCGUCACGCGUCUGCUAUUUCUGUAAUUCACUUUUGCAGUGAGCGUAGAGAUGGGCAAUUCGCUCCUGAGCUAUUCUAGUGAAUCGGAUCUUUAAAGUGAGCUGAUAAGUCACAGCUUUUUUUUAAAGAACCGCAGCUCACCAGAUCACCGCACUGGUAAGCAGGGAUGCCAGGUUCACAGAUUAAUCUGUGUUUCACAGAUUUUCAACCUUUUGCACAGAUUUAAAAAAUGGCACAGAUUUUCACAGAUUCUGAAAUCGAUGACAGAUUUUUGAAAUUGAUCACAGUUUAGCACCAAUACUUACAGAGCGGUAGGAAAUAGUGAAACCUUUUUUUUGCUUAUCAAAAAGAUUCCGAUCAGCUAUUAUGGAAACGGGGAAACGUGCACAGAUUUUGCACAGACAGGUUUUUGGCUUGAUCACAGAUUUUUGAAAAAAAAUGACCUGGCAUCCCUGCUGGUAAGGUGGAAACAAGCUACGAGCUGAACGAAGCUUCGGCUCUUGAAGAGCGAGUUAUAAAUGAGAAGAAAUGUGUGCAUGAGCUUUUGUUCGUUCUUCCAAAUGUGUAUCUAUCCUUCUUUAACAGAUUGAAUGAGCCAUUGUCGAUAAGAAAUCUUACCUCUCACUCAGUAGGCUAAGGUACAUUCAGGGAUGCCACUUUUGCAGAUAUUUUCAAAUAUGACAUAAUAAUAAUUCGCACACAAGUUAGUUCGCAUAGCAUUGUUCUUUGUGCAUCAAUGAUUUCGAUCAUGCAUAUGAAAGAAAAACGGCGCAAAAAACGGUGCUCGAAACAAACCUUCAGUUCAAUCUUAAUGAGCUGAUGAGCUGAUACAUUGAAUCGAUUCCCUUUAGUGAGCUGAUCGGUUCGGGGUUGUUUACCGGUAUGAGCUGCUUCGCACUUCUCUAAGUGAGCGUUGUACGUAACGCACGUAACUCAAUUUAUUUACACGUUUAAAAAUGAAAUCUCUUCGUAAAGGUGUGUACUUUUACAAUACUUUUUCACAUUUUGUUUGGAAAACAUUUUUCCAUUUUUUUUAUAUGUGUUGAACUUUUGAUAAUUUUCCGAAUUUUUAAUAUUUAAAAUUAACAUUGAAAAGGCCUAAAAACUUGCAUCGAGUUUCACUUAGAUUUUUUCUAAUAUUGUUAAUUGUCAAAAAGUAAACAAAAUACAAAUCACAACAAUUUGAUUAAGUUGCGCGUGCAAGCAUAAGCAUGUUUAUGCGUGUUUACGCGCACUUUGUAGUAGAUACUAAGGUAAUAGAGGUAGAUUCUACGUACAAACAUAAACUGUUUUUUAAAUAAAGUGAAUAUAUCUUCAAAAAUAUUUAUUUUACAUUGUUUAAACCUUCAGCAAAAAUACUUCAAAUGUUUUUUUCUUCAAAAUGAGAUAGAAAAAAAAUGUUUCAUUUGUGAAAAAAAAAUUUCAUUCAAGAUUGGUACUACCCCCUUAACAAAAAAUAAGGUGCCACUUUCAAAAGAAGCGUAAUAUAAUCUUGUAAAACUUCUUCGAAGACACGUUAGCUCUUAAAAAUCAGUGAAAGUCAGUACAGACUUAUGGCCGUCUUUUUCCAGUUUUGGACCACUGUGCGUCGUUAUUCAGAAUAAGGGCGAGUAAUACUGAGUUUAUGUUUGGUGGAACGAUUUGUAAUUUUGAGGCGUUCAGUCGAGUAGGUGGUUGUACUGAGCUUCUUAUUUUAAACGUAUAGAAAAUUGAAAGAUUAACACAGGUUUUUGAGGAAUUUUGUGCCAGCCUAAAUAUUUGUUAUUUGUGAUUUAAGUCUGCAAACAUUGUAUGUGUUUUAUCCAUGUUUAUCCGAAGUUUGAGCAAUUGGGAAACAAACUACUGUAACAAUCACUCAUUCGGAAUAGUUUCAUGGUCUAGGUUACAAUUGUGCUCCUAGUGUCUUUUAGCUUAAAUCGAUGAGUUCGAUUUUCUAACCAAAUCGUUCGAAAGUAAAUCCAUUUUUUUGGUUAUCAAUACACGUCGAACGUCUUGUUUUAUUUUACGUAAUUUCGCACUAAGAACGAGAAUAUGAACUAACUGAAGAGUCGUAGGCGAAGUUUAUUUAUCGGGCAGAAUAAUGAUUUGUAACGAGACUUACUCUCACUGCUAAUAUUCCUAACCUAAACCUUUUUAUUAUCUAAUUCACGCAUUCUAUAUUAUCUAUUGAACUACUGAGUAACACUUAUUCAUUGACUACUCCGUACGCAUUAUUGUAAUUAUUAUGAGUAUAUGAGUAACCUAGUGAUCGUCUUAACAAAGAAUCAUUACAAAGUAAACGACUAGAGGAUCACAUACAUUAGAAUACAUCAAUACAAAACAACACAAACAACUAUAAAUCUAUUUAUUAUAAACGAACGAAUGGAUUCUCCAGAAAGCUGGAAUAAAUGACGACGUUGAUAUUUUACUUGCUUUUUCCGGCCCUAGCAACUGCGUUUUGUUAUUGGUUCAUUGUGAGUGAGGCGAGAGUGCGCUUGUGCGUGUAAAUGUAAAUAGGCGUAAAUAUUGCAACAGAAUAAACAAAAGCAAAAGUAGGAGAUUUAGUGCAGCAAGGGAUGAACUCGUCACCGAUCAAGGUAGGCCUAGAUUUGUACCUUCUGUCCAUUAGUAAUUCAUCAGAUAUAAGAAAUAUGAAAUGGUUCCGGUGGGUUUUGUAAUAUUUACAAAAGACACUUCGACUGCUCCUAACGUUUAACACUACCCCUAUCUGGAUCGGACGACAGAGCAUGGUUUACUCAAACACAAAACAAAACUACCUUUGAAGAUACAAAACAAAACAAGAAACAAAAGAUGUACACGAGCAAAGCAAACCUGACCGCAUGUUGAAAAUGAACUAAACAAACAAACAAACAAACAACCGAAGUAACAAAGAAAAGAGGAAGAAGAGGGCAAAUGUUUAGCAGACAAAAUCAGAGCAUCUAACCAGUGUUAUGUGAGUUAUUGUAUAGUAGAGGGAAAGAGAAAAUAAGAAAAAAAAAUAACAAAGCAUACAAAAGAGGAAACCACAAGUGACAAAAUAUGUGAGAAAAUUAACCAGAGAAGUUAAAUUCAAAGAAAGCAUAUGCGCGUAACGUUUGUUUUUGAAAUGGUGUGAACAGAGCGGUUAGCGAUGUAUAAAAGUUGCAUAUUUAGAUGGUAAAAAUGUCGUUCUACAUUGUAUCGAGCCUGAUUGCAUUUUUAUGUUGUGGUGGUGAAUUGUAGAUCCGAUGAUAGCAUCAUUAUUUGCUCAAGCUCAAUCAUAAACCUACAGACAUCCUUUUGUCAUUUUCGCUUGAGAUAAGACUAAGCAGACAGCAAGUGCGGUUUUCGGCAGUUUCGUUUGCUUUCUUAUUUGAACUUGCAUUUUAGCAGGUCCUAGAGCGGAUAAUCUGCAUCGAACGAAACUAUGCAAAUAUACAGUGACUGAUUUUAGUUUCCUAUACCCAUAAUCCUAGUUGCAAGACAACCAUCAACAGACAAAAUAGAAAUACCUAUCGAUUCCUAUCUCUGAUUGCAUGAGAAUAAUUUGCUGUUUUUAGGUGCCAUUUUUUACAUUGCAUUUUUUAUACCUGAGAAACACGUUCAGGGUGUGAAACUUUUCUGGUUUCCGUUUUCGGAUGGACUUAAACUACACUUUCCAUAUAGUAUUGAAAUCAGUGCAGCCAGACAAUUUCCCACAUCAACUUUCCGUUUAGCCACAAACAAAAAAACUAAUGUUAGUAACUGGUGUGUAUAAUUUCUGCAAGAGAGAGCAAACAAAUAAUCCAGUGUAGUAGUUUUUAGUCUACUAGAAAUGGAAAAAAAUACGAUGCAAAGUUACACAACUCAGUGACACAGAGGGUAGUAACAAGCGCCGAUAAGUUGUAUGAUAUGAAUUAUAAUUUUCUACCUCAUUUAUUUAGUAACUUUUUUUAUAAAUACAAAAAAUACAAAAAAAUGCAAAAAAAUAUGUAAAAUUCAGUAACAAACCUAGUAAGAAACUAUUUUAAGUCAUGAAUAAAAAAAUAUAACAUUUACUAUUAAACAUUACGAUUAGGAGCACUCAAGAAUACGAAAGUAAGCUAAGCGAACGUUUUAUGUUCAGCGGAAAGAGAAAUACGAUUUGUUUUUUAGUCGACGAUUCAGCACUCAGUGAUCCUGAGUAAACCCAGCAAACAACACACGAGCGGAAACAAUAAUUGAAACUACCAUUACAAUAUUGGCAGACAACAGCAGUGGUCGAGCUAUCCUACCAACCAGAAAAUCAGUGAAACAGGCAGCCGCAGAACCUAAAAAAAACGCGGAACCGUAUAUAUAUUUUGGUAAUUACCUUUAUGCCAAGCGGAAAUUCCGAGACCGGACUGAAUACAAAACGAAUCUACAAACCAACAGCUAACGAAAGACGACGAGGAAUAAGAAAUUAGUACAUUUGUGAUCAAUUGCUUGGCAGUUACUAAAUUAACUAUGAAAAGAUUGAGGGAAAAAUCCAUGAAUUUUAAAACGUUAUCAUAAUAAGAACAACAAGAAAAAAAAUGUUAGGAUAAACACUGAAACUUUUUCACAUGAGAAGAACAUGAAUGCAAAAUUAUAUCUAUCAGCUUACUAUGAAGAGGUACAGAAAUUUGUGUUCUCCGAGUUCUUUCGAAUGAUGAGUUUAAAUUUGAUACAUGAUAUUGGGUUUUCGAAUUGCGGCUUUUGAAGCAUGGAACCAUAGAGGAAGAAUUUGAUUCGGAAAAUGCUUAACAGUAAAGGAAAAGUCUGUUUGAAAACUGUCUGAAAAUGAUUCGCGCUAGAAGCGUGUUUGCACAGAAAAUGAAAAGAAUGAUUUUUGCAGAUAAGCAAGGGUAAAACAAUCGAAGACUGUAGUGAAACAACCGAUGAGUAAUGAGUGAGUUCGCUCUUUAAACAAAACUAAAAAUUCAAGCAGAAACAAUGGUACGAUAAGAAUGAGUACUGCGGUUAGAAGUUAUAUUAUCAUUAUUAUAAUUAUUAUUACUGCAUACACACUAUCAUUAUAUUACUUGAUUAGUUGAUUAUAUUACGCGUAUAUUAUUGAUAACAAAACCAGCAAAACAACAAAUAAGAAAGUAAAAACACAAGAAAAUUCCGACGGAACUAGGAAGCAUAUUACUGACACUGUCUUCUCUGCAGUCGAGGAAACCGUUUUUCUGAUGCGAAAGCAAGUUGGAAAUCUUAGUUCUGAACAAUAGAU